GAAAACAAAACCACAUUUACGAAUACUACUUGACGAACUAUACAAAAACUAAAGUUUAGUUUCAAAUUAGCAUUCGACACAUUAAAAACACGAUACAUGUUGUCACUAACGUUAUAUUUACGGAAGGAGUAACAAGAAAGACUGACAAAAUGAUUGUUAAAACGUUGUUAAUAGUCGCACAUCCGUGGGUUCAGCCACGGUCAGGGACUUUUAAAAUAUUACACACUUACGCCUUCGCAUAUUUAGUGUUUACUCGAUACAGUUGCAGGUGUGUUUAGUUACUACAAUGUAUAGACUCUUUAGUUUUAUCGUUUUCGCUAUAAUAUUGCAAGACUCAACAUGUAUUCAAAGAAAAAAUCUAGGUAGAUCCAUCGGUUUAAAAGAUUCCGAGCUGAAUUUCUCUCAGCUGGCCAGAAAAUAUGGAUAUCUAUCGGAGAAGCAUACAGUGAUAACGGAAGAUGGAUAUAUACUGACGAACUUCAGGAUGAGAGCGAGACAGUGCGAGGGAAAGAGACCACCAGUUUUAGUGAUGCACGGGCUGUUGAUGAGUUCGGAUAGUUAUCUAGACGCAGGCCCACGUGCUGGCCUGGCUUAUCUAUUGGCUGAUGCUUGCUAUGAUGUCUGGGUCGGAAACUACCGAGGCAACUACUACUCCAGAGCUCAUGUCACAUUAAACCCAGACAAAGAUGCCGAUUACUGGAACUUCUCUUACGACCAAAUGGGAUAUUAUGAUAUUCCAGGGAUUAUAGACUACAUUCUGAAAACUACUGGCUAUGAAACAUUGAGCUAUAUUGGAUAUUCCCAAGGUGCUGCGACUGGUUACAUAAUGUGCUCAGAAAGACCUGGUUAUUGUGAUAAAAUGAAUUUGUUCAUAAACUUAGCGCCGUCUACAAGACAUAUUAAUUCCAAAUCCCGCGCUUCCAGGCGACUAGCACUGACAUUUAUGAAACACGAGCGAAAAUUUGACAGAGCGGGAAUACACGAAGUCCUGGGAAAGCCGGAAAGAAUACCAGAUUUCAUCUCCUUCUUCUGCAAUUUGAGCGUUGGUGAACCUUUGUGUAGAUCAGCUCUGAUACUUCUAGAUAGUUAUCAUGCUAGAUCAUUACCCAGAUCAACAGUUAAAACAUUAUUUGGUCACUUCUCAGCAGGGACAUCUGUGCACAACAUGGCACAGUACGGUCAAGCUAUGCUUAGCGAUGAAUUCCAAAAAUUUGACUACGGUCCGAGUAAUAUUAAAGUAUACGGCACUAAAGAAGCACCCAGUUACAAUCUAGGAGCGACUACUGCGCCGGUGUUGUUAAUCUACGGUCAGCACGAUGGUAUGGUAGACCCAAAAGAUGCUAGAUGGUUGGCCUCAAAGCUACCUAAUUUGGUCGAAGCAUAUUUGGUACCAGACAAAAAAUGGAACCACAUAGACUUCGCGUACAGCAAACACGUCCCGAAAAUGAUAUUCCCGAAAAUUCAAGAGUAUUUGCUUAAAUAUAAUAACAAUAAUAAACUGGCAGAAGAUAUGACAGAAGAUCCUAAUCAUGAAUGAUGAUGAUAACACAAUUAUAUAAUAUUUAUUAUAUAAAUCGAACAGAAUGUUAUAUAUUAA